GUACAAUUUAAUUUCGUCAGUCUUACAUCAGGUGCUGUCCUAAAUGAGUGGUGGUGUAACAGUCAGUUUUUGGUCAUCCGUGAUCGUCAGCCUAAUGGUCAGCGUCCUGGCGGUCUGGAGACCUAAGCCUGGGACGUCCUGGCAAUGGCAGCUGAGUGGCGGGAAGAUAGAUACCCAUUACAAUGUGGACAUGUACGACGUGGAUUUGUACGAUACCUCAUCUAGCGACCUUAAUGCAUUGAAAGCAGCGGGCAAAAUAGUAAUCUGCUAUUUUUCCGCCGGAACAAAGGAGAAUUAUCGCAGCGACGCGGGCCAGUUCCCACACGCUGCCAUCGGCCACAAGCUCGAAGACUGGCCAGAUGAGCACUGGAUUGACAUCCGCCACCCAAUGGUGCGAGAGAUCAUGAGCAGACGUCUGGACCAUGCCAAAACUCGGAACUGUGACGGAGUGGAACCAGACAAUGUUGACGGUUACACCAACAACAACGGGCUAGGUCUGCGGGCCAGCGAUCAGCUGGAGUAUAACAAGUGGCUGGCCGGAGAGGCUCAUAAGCGAGGUCUGUCGGUUGGUCUGAAGAACGACGUAGACCAGAUACAUGAGCUGGCUUCAUACUUUGACUGGGCUCUGAACGAGGAGUGUGUCAACUAUAACGAGUGUGGCAAAUACAGUUCCUUUCUGCAGCAGAACAAAGUAAAGCUCUCUUUGGCUGUCUUCCACACUGAGUAUGUUGACCACAAAACACAAGGUGUCAGCAAACAGCAUUCCGUCUGUUCGAGCUCUAAACGUCCGCAUGGUUUCAGCACGUUGAUUAAGGACUGGGAUCUGGACUCGUGGAGACUGGCCUGUUGAGGAGAUAUCACCAAAACUGGCCCAUACUGUCAACAUACUUCCAGCAUGGAAAACAGCCAUUAUAAAACAUAAGAUAAAGC